UUACAUGCACUGUGUGUCAUGCGUUUCAUCGUAAUCAGGUUUUAGCAAUUUCUUCAUCGAUAUUUAAUUUUACGUUAAUCCGCCGAUUGAUGCAGUCACUCGCAGCGUCGAUACGCCCUUUGUUACGUGCCUUCUCCAUAGCGUCCAAACAGCGUGUUGACAUGGUCGAUUCCGCUCUGAAAGUCGAGGUGGUGCUCUCGGAGAGCAAUCGCAAGGCUUGCAUCGAAAAAUUCAAAACAUUCCCAAUGCCAAAGUUGCGUAAUGUAGCAGAAGCAGCCGUGUUGGUCCCAUUGUGUUUAUAUAAAGGAGAACUCGGAUUCUUAUAUACUCUGCGAUCCAUGAAACUCACAUCCAAUCGGGGACAAGUAUCCUUCCCAGGUGGCAUGCAUGAUAAGAGCGACGUUGAUCUACAAGAAACUGCUUUGCGAGAGACUUGGGAGGAGUUGAAGAUUCCCAGGGAGAAAAUCGACGUGUGGACCACAGGGAAUCUCAUCGGCAAGUCUAACGUUAAUGUGAUGCCAGUUCUAGCCUACAUUGGCGAGGUGGUGCCGGAAGAACUGGAGAUCAAUCCUGAUGAGGUAGAAGAAGCGUUCGUGGUCAGCCUGCAAAAAUUGUGCGAUCCUAAGCUGAUUAGUUUCACGAGUUUCCACCGACCACUUGUGACCCUGCCAUGUUACCUGGGUGGAAAAUACCGUGUCUGGGGUUUUACCGGCGCUAUCACUCACGUGGCUCUCGAAUGCUUGGUCCCGCAAGUGUACAAAUACAAGUUCUUGUCAAUACAACCGAUACAGAAGAAUGAAUCUAGAAAGAAGGAAUCAGUUUCUUCCGAUUAUGAUGCGACGCGUUCGAAAAUAUGAAGAGUAGAGUAGAAUAAAAUGCUAGAGUAAAUGCUAUAUUUUGUACAUAUCUGUGAUUUUAAGGCGAUGCUAAAGUCUCCUGUUUUACCCACAUUUCCAUUCGGUGAAAAAUCUCUGUAUUUGGAGACACUGGCCUAGUUUACACUCAACGAUCUGAUCUAUACCCUGACCUUUAUCCCACCUAAGACAGGUCUCGAAUGGAGCGUUUACCCCAAUAUAGACCUAUAUAAAAUCCACUUGUACAUACACAGCUUAUUGCACGUUACAAAACAUGAAAUAGAGCCAUCUAUUAGUUUCUUAAUACACUUUCUUCUUCUUUUGGUUUCCCCUUGAUUGGUUUUCCGACUCAAAUUUAGAGUCACAGUACCACGCAAAAAUAACGGAUCUUUCGAUCCAAUGAAUAAUCUCUUUGGGGAGCAAAGGUCUCAAAUCGAAUGUUCAAUAACAGCCCUUCUACAGUAAGCCGCAAGUCAGAAGUUCUAAGCGAUCUUAAGUCAUAAUCAGUGAAGUUGGCCA